AUGUGGGCACUCUUGCUCAUCUGCACAGUGCUGAAUACAUGGCUAGGGAUGAUACUUCCCGUGUUGGAAGUCUUCAUCGGCAUUGCCCAUGUGCUUGGAUUUUUUGCAGUUCUCAUACCGAUUAUCUACCUCGGGCCGCGCGCCGAUGCAAGAUCUGUCUUUAUUCAAACGUAUAAUCUGGGCGGUUGGCGGGAUGUUACACUAGCGACAUUGGUUGGCCUGAAAGGAACGGUUGCUGUGUUUUUAGGCACGGAUGGCGUUGUCCAUAUGGCCGAAGAGGUAGCGAAUAGUAGUGUCGUGGUCCCGCACUCCAUGUUGUUCGCCAUCGCCAUCAAUGGAAUCCUUGGAUUUGCAAUGCUGAUCGCUUUCCUUUUUACCGCUGGAGACUUCACUGCGAUCUUGAAGUCCCAAGCGACAUUCCCGUUUAUGCACAUUCUGGAGAAUUCCACCAAGAGCAAGGGAGCCUCAAUCGUUCUCUCGAGUAUGAUAGCCAUCAUGCAGGCUUGCGCGGGACUAGGUGGAAUCUCAUCCGGUAGUCGCAUGCUGUGGGCGUUUUCGCGAGAACGGGCUCUUCCAGGCUGGCGAUGGAUACAUAAGUCAUCGCUGCAGGUUUAA